AUGAACACCUUCACUAUCGAAUCGAUCGUCGCCAACGUCGUCAAGAAGUACAACCAGCAGAAGGCCCAGAAGUUGGCCUUGGAUCAAUGGGAAGCACGUCUUCAGCUUCUGAAGACGUGUAACCAUGAAGUCCAGAAAGCGUUCGAGAAUUUGGAAUUUUAUGUGAGUUUUUUCUUUUAUUUCUGUAACAUUUUUCUAUUGCGGCCCUGGAAAUUUUUCGGUUUUAGGACUUUUUUAAGACGUUUUUUAGUUACUCAAAUGGAUAAGACCUUAAAAAUAACUUCAAAGAAAUAUUCUCAAAUUCAAAAAUGUAUCAAGAAAGCUAUCUGAGAAUUUUGAAUCGGAGCAGAUUUCUUGAAAGAUUUCCCCUUUCAAAAAAAAAAAAUGAAUCUCUGAAAUUAUCCGGUCGUUAGAAAGGCUGCAAAUGAAAUUCCUGAGGUCCAAGAAAUUUGAAUAUUCAAUUUUUUUCAGUUCGAGCUGACUUUGAAGAUGAGAGGAGUGUACAACUUCACCACUACGGACGCCCGUCAUAUGAUCGUGAGUUUUUUUUUUUUUUUCUGUCCCUUGAAAAGUUUUUUUGACUCUUCAAAUAAUAUUUUUAAAGCAUCUAGUUUGGUUUAAAAUACCUAAAAAAAUCAUCUGGGAGCUUUCUGAAUUUUUUUCGAAAAUGAUCCAAUUAGACAAAAAAACCUCAUGAAGAACCUCCAUGAAGGACUUUUUUUCGUUCGAAAAAAACCCUGGUCUUUUUUUAAUGUUUAAAAAUCUUUACAAGACUUCACCCAGCUUCAAAAGCCUCCUGAAGACGUCAGAACCAUUUUCAGAAGCUGGCACAAAGCAUGAUGACGUCAUUGGACGACGAUUUGGUCGUCAUCGAGAAGCAGGUCGCCGACUUGGGGCGACUUUCGGGCCACAAGAUCGCCUUGGAGGUCCUGGGAAUCGCCCGGGACAUGCGCCACGAAUGCCUCCGACUCUACCAGGCUCUCCUCCAAUUCCAGCAUAAUUGCGUUAGUUUUUAAUCUUAUUUUUAUUUUUUUUUUGUUGAGGGACCUCUAAUCUUGAUUUUUUUUUCCUUAUUCGAAAUUCAGUUAGUUUUGGAAUGAUUCUUUUUUUUCUAGAGCUUCUUUGCUCUGUUUUCUCUGCGCCCUCCUCUUCUCAAGCUUCUAUACUGUUUUUCUCUGCGCCCUCCUCUUCUCAAGCUUCUAUACUCUGUUUUUCUCUGCGCCCUCCUCUUCUUGAGCUUCUAUACUCUGUUUUUCUCUGCGCCCUCCUCUUCUCUUGGCGACCCUCUCAUGUUGACGUGCUAUUUUCAUGUUUCUCUGACCUCGCCAGUUUUCGAGUGUCUGCGUCUCUCUACUCCCUCACCGGCGAGGUCAGAGAAACAUGGAGAUAGUACGUCAACAUGAGAGAGUCGCCGAGAGACGAGGAGGGCGCAGAGAAAUCCUUUCAAGUCGCGAUAAACGGACUAUACCACCAAUGUUCAUUAAGAACCUUUUCUCGAUUUUAUUGAAAAGUCGAUUCAUAACCAAUCAAUUUCCAACUUUCCAACCAAGUAUAUUUUCAGAAGUACGACAUGAUCUACGCGUUGAUGGCGAAGGAAUUGAAGUGCCACGUCGGAUGCGUGGACUACGCCGUCUCGAAGGUACCGGACUUUACAGAAAUCCGUGAGAAACUCUUCUUUUGA